UGGGAUUCUCGUCCGCACCGUCUCGAGCCUGCAGCGUCCCGGUCCUCGGUCCUUGCCCAGGUUCACUGCAGUCGUUCAGAGGUCCCCGGGAGCUGCUGCCGGCAAGCCCGCUACUGCAGGGACCUAUGGAGCCAUUCCGUAGUGCCAUCCCGAGCAACGCACUGCCGCAGCUCCUCUGAACCUUUCCAGCAAGUUUGUUCAAGAUUGGCUGUCAAGAAUCAUGGACUGUUAUUAUAUGCCUUGUUUUCUGUCAUCCUGCUAGGAGGCUCGAGCCAUGCUAGUUUGAUACCUGAGACGGGGAAGAAAAAAGUCGCCGAGAUUCAGGGCCACGCGGGAGGACGCCGCUCAGGGCAGAGCCAUGAGCUCCUGCGGGACUUCGAGGCUACACUUCUGCAGAUGUUCGGGCUGCGCCGCCGGCCGCAGCCUAGCAAGAGCGCCGUCAUCCCAGAUUACAUGUGGGACCUUUACCGGCUCCAGUCUGGGGAGGAGGAGGAAGAGCAGACCCACAGCGUCGGGCUGGAGUACCCUGAGCGCCGCGCCAGUAGGGCCAACACCGUGAGAAGCUUCCACCACGAAGAACAUUUGGAGAACAUCCCAGGGACCAGUGAAAACUCUGCUUUUCGUUUCCUCUUUAACCUCAGCAGCAUCCCAGAGAACGAGGUGGUCUCCUCCGCAGAGCUUCGACUCUUCCGGGAGCAGGUGAACCAGGGCCCCGAUUGGGAGCAGGGCUUACACCGAAUAAACAUUUAUGAGGUUAUGAAGCCCCCGGCAGAAGUGGUGCCUGGGCACCUCAUCACACGACUACUGGACACGAGACUGGUCCACCACAAUGUGACACGGUGGGAAACGUUCGAUGUGAGCCCUGCGGUCCUUCGCUGGACCCGGGAGAAGCAGCCGAACUAUGGGCUGGCCAUUGAGGUGACUCACCUCCAUCAGACACGGACCCACCAGGGCCAGCAUGUCAGGAUUAGCCGAUCGUUACCUCAAGGGAGUGGGGAUUGGGCCCAGCUCCGGCCCCUCUUGGUCACUUUUGGCCAUGAUGGCCGAGGACAUGCCUUGACCCGACGCCAGAGGGCCAAGCGUAGCCCCAAGCAUCACCCACAGCGGCCCCGGAAGAAGACUAAGAACUGUCGUCGCCACUCGCUCUAUGUGGACUUCAGUGAUGUGGGCUGGAACGAUUGGAUUGUGGCCCCACCAGGCUACCAGGCCUUCUACUGCCAUGGGGACUGCCCCUUUCCACUGGCCGAUCACCUCAAUUCAACCAACCAUGCCAUUGUGCAGACCCUGGUCAACUCUGUCAACUCCAGUAUCCCCAAAGCCUGUUGCGUCCCCACCGAACUGAGCGCCAUCUCCAUGCUGUACCUGGAUGAGUAUGACAAGGUGGUACUGAAAAAUUAUCAAGAGAUGGUAGUAGAGGGAUGUGGGUGCCGCUGAGGUCGGGCCGUCUUUGGGGACACGCACGUUCCCUUCCACUCACCCACACACUACACAGACUGCUUCCUUAUAGCUGGACUUUUAUCUUAAAAAAAAAAAAAAAGGAAAAAAAAAACUAAACAUUCACCUUGAC